AGAGGAUCUGGGCGUCGGAUCCUGAUCCCGGCGGUAAUUACCCAAUUGUCCCUCCCCCCGCGAAUCUUCUCUUCUCUUCUCUUCUCUUCUCCGGUGGCGAUCUGAGUGGCCGACCGGCGGCGAGAUGGCCUCCGCCGCCGUGACGCUCCCGCGGGUGAUGCUGGCGGCGGCCGCGGUGCGGGCGGCGAUGCUGGCGCUCGGGGAGUGGCAGGACGCGCACCUCGAGGUGCGGUACACCGACGUCGACUACCUCGUCUUCUCCGACGCCGCGGCGUCCGUCGCCGCGGGCGGGUCCCCCUUCGCCCGCGCCACCUACCGAUACUCCCCGCUCCUCGCCUACCUGCUCGUCCCCAACUCUCUCCUCCACCCCACGUGGGGGAAGCUCCUCUUCUCCGCAGCAGAUUUGCUUGUUGGGUUGUUCAUUGACACCAUUCUGAAACUACGUGGUGUCCCUGACAGCACUCGGAUCUGGUCUGUUGUAGCUUGGUUGUUCAACCCCUUCACGUUCACAAUUGGCACAAGAGGAAACUGUGAGCCCAUAGUCUGCGCUGUCAUACUUUGGAUCCUGAUAUGUUUGAUGAAUGGUAGAGUAUUGCAGGCAUCAUUCUGGUAUGGUCUGAUUGUGCACUUCAGAAUAUACCCAAUCAUAUAUGCAAUUCCUUUCGUUAUAGUUCUGGGCAAGAAUUAUGCUGGUCCUGCUGGAAGGCCUAUUCUUACACAGUGGACUUCUAAGCAACAUUUACAAAGCGAUAAAUCCAGUCCAAGUGUGGAAAGGGCAACAUCAUUGUUAACUAAUUUAUGGAAUUUUCUGACAAGCCUUAUAACAAGAAAUACGAUCCUGUUUGGAUUACUUUCAGGAUCUAUGUUCUUUCUCUGGACUGGUGUUUUCUUCUACCUUUAUGGAUGGGAAUUCUUAAAUGAGGCACUACUUUACCAUCUUUCUCGGACUGACCCGAGGCAUAACUUCUCGAUAUAUUUCUACCACAUAUAUCUGCAUCAUCAGCAAGGGUUCUCAAGUAUACAGAAGCUCGCUUCUUUUCUGCCACAGCUGAUCGUGCAACUGGCACUCAUUCUACGCUUCUCUAGGGAUCUUCCGUUUUGUUUGUUUCUCCAAACAGUUGCAUUUGUUGCGUUUAACAAGGUCAUGACAGCACAAUACUUUGUGUGGUUCUUUUGCCUGCUACCCCUCAUCCUCCCUUGGACUACCAUGAAGCUGAAGUGGAAGGGUCUGGCCUGUAUAUUGGUGUGGAUGGGGUCCCAACUGCACUGGCUGAUGUGGGCGUACAUGCUUGAAUUCAAGGGCCAAAACGUCUUCAUACCGCUCUGGGCAGCAGGUCUCAUGUUCCUGGCUGCAAACAUCUUUGUUAUGCUCAUGGUGAUCAACCACCACAAGUUCACUCCGCUCUUCUCAUCAUCAACGGUGAAGUCUGCAAGCAAGAUUGCUGCCAAGAAGGAAUAGCAUAUACCACCCUUCUUUUUUAUUACUUUACCAGCUGAUGUAUUUCUGGAGACAUGGAUACUGAUUUUUCUUUUUAAUGUUCUACUAGUAUCUUAUGCGACUUGCAUCCUUGCUCUUUUUUUUUUUAACCCUGAGACCCGGCUUGGUUGGUUUUGUACUAUUAACUUCUUGUCUUAGGUUGUAUGGUAAGUCUGGAAAAUGCAGUUGCUUUGGAGAGGGAAAACUUUUUUUUUCUA